UCACCUCCCUAUUUCCCUCAUCGUCGCCAGCAAUGGCCACAGAGACUCACGAAGCGACCCCCGCGCAGCCUGAGCUCACCAUCCUCUCCCGGGUGGGCUCAAUCCCGCUUGUGGCGGACUCCCUGAGCACCAUCCACUCUACCCUCACCAACAACGCAUACACUCGCUCGCCAUACGCAACCGCGCAGGGUUUGACCCAAUCGGCCCUAUCGUACACAGAGCCCAUUCAAAAGCGCCUCGCGCCCAUCCUGACGAAGGCGGACGGCCUCGCGAACAAGGGUCUUGACGCGGUCGAGUCCCGCUACCCCUACCCCUUCCAAACCCCCACCGAGGACAUCAUCAAGGACCUCAAGGGGCACAGCGACCAUGCGAAAGACGUCGCCAACAAGACUCUUGAUGACAAGGUUCGUACCCCGGCGUAUCAGGUGGCGCAGGGCAUCGACCAGAGGUUCGCGCCUAUCGUUGACUACUUCGCCGUCGCCGUGAACAAGUUCCACUCGAACGGCACGGAGGACAAGCCGACGGAAUCCCCCGAGGCGCAGUUCCAAUACCAGCGCGCGUACUUCCUCACGAAGGACCUCCGGGACCAGCUCUACACCUACUCCACCGAGCAGAUCAACCAGAUCAAGACUCAGAGCGUCCUUGUCCAGCGCGCGUCUGCGACCGCCAGCUCCCUCAGCGAGCUUGCAUCAAGCAGUUAUGGUGCGGCGCAAUCUCGGGUGCAUUCCCUCAGUGACACCAUGGUAGCGGAACUUCAGAAGGUCCAGGCUUCUACUGCCGCGCUCCCAGCGACUCUUCAGGCUUCGUUCCACGAUGUUUCGGCGAACCUCACUUCCACCAUCAACGAGCUUUCGGCUAUCUUGACGUCGCCGGAACCUGUGCCCGAGAAGGUCCAGAAGGUCCGCGAUACCGUUCAACAACGCGUGCAGCCGAUCCUGGAUACCGCGACCGCGCGCGUGCAGGAGGUUCUCGGUGCGUUGAAGGCGCGGGUAUCGGAGGAGAAGGCCGAGCUUCACCAAAGUGCGACGACGACUAGCGGUGCCACCACCGUCAACGGCGUCACGAAUGGCAACGGUCAUGCGUAACCGCUCUGGUCUCCCCCCCUCCCCCUUAUGCAUGGUUGUGUCGUACCUCUUCCCCGAUUCCCCUGCACCGCCCCUAGACUCGGUUAUGACCACCGCGACUUCACGCUUUCACGACCCACAUAGACGAUUAUCUUUUUUAGUAUAGAGCAUUUGUAUAUUUACCGCCUCAUAUGUACUCUUGGGUUUGUUCACUUAUCCGCCC